AUGAUGGAACAGCGCCCACAAGGGUUUGAGCCGCAGCCGCUUCCCCCAAUAAUGUCCUGGAGGGAAGGCGGCGAGGUUCUGGAGCCGAUGCACGUGGACGCCACCGCCGUCGCUUCCAUGGCCCCAUUGGAAAUCCCCCGGCAACAGCGCCCGCCGCACGUGCUGGAUGAGGAGGAUCUGCGGGGGGCGUUGUCCGUGUUCCCAUGGCCGUCGGUGCAGUUACUUCUCGCCGGCGCGGACCGCACCACCGCGAAGGAUUUGGAGGGCAUCUUAGCUGAAGGCUCGGGCUGGCUGGUGCGCCAUGCGAUACUGAACGAGUCCAAAGCGCUGCCGUGCGAUGUGUUCCUGCGUGGAACCAGCCUGCACAUCGUCAGAGGAGACAAAGGACAGUCGCGGAUCGCUUUUCCGGACUUAACCGCCGAAGUGAUGGACAGGAUGUUCUACGAGGCCUGCUCCAAACACAUUGAACACUGGCGCUUGAUCAUGACCGCCACAGAGGUAAUGAAGGCAGUCUUGCGGAUUGAACGGAACUGGAACUCCCAUGGCGUAGACAUGGUUAGAAGGGUCUACUGGACGUGCAACGUUAUAGAAUCAUGGUAUUACCUCGACUUGAACCUUCCCCGGAGCGACGCAUCAGGAUUUCAAGAGUUCAUCGCCCUGCCAGACUUCGACGACCGACGAGACUUUGGAGGUGAGCUCAGCAUCGAGAGCAAGUACCAGUACAACUUCCUAAGCAUGAUAUCCCUUCGCCGUCUCAUCCACCGCUCGUUUGAAGAGCUUUACGACCUUAACGAAAGCCAACGCCCUCCAGCAGCCAGCGGCGGCAACGACGGCGACAAAGCGGACCGAACCAUCAUCAUCGCGGAGCUUUCACGGCAACUAGACGUCUGGCGCUCGCUCCUCCCGCCCGAGCUGCGCUGGGACGACGCCGCGCGCACGACUUACGACAACAUGGAGGAGCAAAUGUCCUCCCGCGGCACGCUGCUUCCUCACAUCGACAUCCUACUGGCCCAGCUGCGCUGCCGCUACUACUACGCGCGCUUUAUGAUCUUCCGCCCGUACGUGUGGAAGGCGCUGCACGUGCCGCCGGCCUUGCUGCUCGCGCAGGCGUCUUCCACCGUCGUCGUCGACGGCUUCGUCAACGCCGUGGACAGUAUGCUGCAGUGGCCCGUGGCGUAUUCGCCCGUCUGCGACAAGAAGCGGCUUGUUCCUAACAUCUUCGCCUGGACGCAGAGCUUCGUCAUGUUUCUGCUUGUGCUGCGGGCCAUCAAGGAGAACGAGCUCUUGUGGGACAUCUGUAGAGAGAGGCUGGGGCGAGCGAGGAUUGAGGAGAGCGUGGUUUUGAUGCUGGAGUGGAUUAAAGAUUUGAGGAUGGUCGAUGGUGUCGCCGCGUGGGCUUGGAGGACUUUGACGCCGUUGUAUGGGCUCAGUGGAUGA